CAACACCAAGCUUUACGGGGAUAACAACUUCGCUCUGCUCGUUCAAGAGGCGCUGAAAUCGGUACACUGAAUUGUCGUCACCAAUAUAUUUAGGAUUUCCUCCUCUGUAGACAAAACACGGACAGGGAAAGUUGUGAUGUCUGAUGUGUUAAAAGACAAAUCCCAAAAAAGAGACAAGAAGGCAGGCAAGGUGACCUCAGAGGGAAGCCAUGGAGUCAGAGCCAAAGAUACAAGGACUAAGGACUCUAUCAGCACUGUGUCAUGCUUAACUGAACUAGGACACCAUGAUGACAACGCUCGGAUGGAACAUCUAACAGAGAACACCUACCAGAUGGGACCUUACAAACGCUUCCCCAUACCUGCUGUCACAGACAUACUGAAGGAUGUGCUCACUAGUUACCUCCAAGAGGAAAAAUAUGAAGUAGAGUGGUCUCAAAAAAUGACAAAAACAAUAUGUGAGGUGAUAAGAGCCCGGGUCAAGGACUUGAUGAUACCCAGAUAUAAGACUGUGGUCCUGGUUCAUAUUGGCCAGCUCGCCGGACACAGCAUGCAGAUCAGCAGCCGCUGUCUGUGGGAUGCAUUGAAUGACACUUUUGCCUCUUACUCCUUCAAGAACAGCUCCCUGUUUGGUGCGGCAACUGUCUAUGCUGUAUAUUUUGAGUGAACUGUGUAGACCCAGACUGAUAAAAAGAACACAAGACAUUUAAAUAAAAAAAACAAAAAGUAGAUCCGUGCUUGAAGAAAUCUUUAUCUCUGUUGCAUAUUUUGCCAUGUGAACAAAUUGGUAAAACAGGAA